AAAAGUAAAAGAAGAUGAAGUUGCAGUUGCAAUUUUCCUUGGAACGUUAUUUUCAUCCUGACCUCCACCAGGACGACUAGGUCAUCGACUUACUAUUCCAAUCAAAUAGUUUUGUUGGAGGUUUGAUAUAUAUUAGAGGCAAAAACAAUGCCAUUAUUUCUAUCUGCAAGCACAAUCUCCAUAUUCAACACUUUCUUUUGGCCACGAGUUCAUGUCCGCCAUGACCUGUUUCUCCCCCAUUCGCCUUCUGGGUUGCCUGAUAGUGUUGCUGCUACUUCCAACGCGUAUCAACUCAGCUGACCCAGAUCCACUGCAGGAUUUCUGUGUUGCUGACUUGAAAGCCUCCCCAUCGUUAAAUGGCUUCCCUUGCAAACCUGCAGAAGAAGUUACUUCAGAUGAUUUUUUCUCUGAUGCUUUGAGCAAAGAGAGUAACACAACAAACAUCUUUGGUUGGUCUGUGACUCCAGCUAAUGUUCUUACAUUUCCUGGCCUUAAUACUCUAGGGAUUUCGAUGAAUCGAGUUGAAAUUGCUCCCGGAGGGCUGAACCCUCCUCAUUCCCAUCCUCGAGCAUCCGAAACUGGGGUGGUCAUAGAAGGGAAGCUCCUUGUAGGAUUUGUUACAACUAGCAAUGUGUUUCACUCCAAAGUUUUGAGUGCUGGGCAGAUGUUUGUUAUUCCUCGUGGUCUUGUUCACUUUCAGCUUAACGUUGGAGAAGAAAAAGCCCUUCUUUUCACUUCUUUCAAUAGUCAUUUACCUGGUGUUGUGAUCGCUCCAACUAGUCUUUUUGCUUCUUCGCCCCCAAUUCCCAAUCAAGUGCUAACAAAGGCCUUCCGAGUAGGGGAAGAUACAAUCGAAACCAUAAAAUCCAAGUUUGGAUGAUGAUCAUUCUUGAAGAUCCUUCAAAUUGUGCCAAAUACCACUUGUUUUUCCUGUUUUACAAGUCAUUCAUCUGAUUAUGAUUCAAUGUGUUUGUUUCAAUGUAUGCUCGUCGUGGUUUGAUUCCUACCCUAUCCUUAUGGAUGUAAUAAUAAACGAUCUAACAUUUGUAUUUAUAUAAAUAUAAUAAAGUCGAGCUCUAAAAUAAGUUACAUA